UAAGUUCUCUUGAUGGCUUUGUUGAGUCUUCAUUUGACUACUUCCUGUACAUCAUCUCCUUUGAACGGCAAACUGAUGCAGACAGGUUUCUUCGGAACUGUUCGGAUUGUUUCGCAGGGGCUAAUUUCUUUAGAGUUGAUGGCGGUUGCUGCUAGUCGCUGUUGCUACUGUUCUUUGGCUUGUUGGUUAUCUUCACCACCUCCGUCCCCACCUUCUAUGUGCUCACUGGGAGUCCUGUCUUCAAGGUCUGUUUGUUCAUCCAGUUCGUUGAUUUUCGUCUGUAAUUUGUGUGACAUUAGACAUAAAUCAUCUGAGCAGUUCGGAUCUUCCUUGGUCUUCUUAUUAGUCCAGUGUAUUCACCAUACAUGGUGUGGCGCAUAAUUUAGUCCAUCAUUAUAAGGAACAUCAUCGGUGAUAAUAGGCAGUCUUGCAUAGCAGGAUCUUGAUUUUGUUGAAUAUUUUCUUCGUGUAUCCAAACUUUUCGAAAUGAAUAGUCAUUUCUUAUUAGAAAUGUCAUACAAGGAAAUUGUACUCG